AUGGGUCAAGAGCAAUCAAAACUAUUUAAGCGCUAACCUUGUACCUUACAAUAUAAAUAUGAUGAACAUGUAAGAACUAAUCUUAUAACAAUAGGAUGUAACAUUGAAAUUUGACCCAAAAAUAAAAAUGGGAUAUUAAAAACCUUUACGUUUUUAAGAAAUUGUCAAUAUAAAUCCAGCAUUACGAGAUUUAGACUAAGGUAAAAUUAAGUGCAUUUAAUAUAGAAUUCCUAAUAUAACUGCAAUAUUUACAUGAACAAGCACUCAAAUAAAUGAUUUUUGAUAAAUUAAAGAAAUGUGAUGAUUUAAUAAUAUUGUACUAAGCUACUAAAUUCAUUGUUAAUUGUACUUCAAAUGAAUGUCUCGAACUUAUUAACACUUUUAAUAUUAUUAAUAUUUUAACUUAAAAGUAAGAACAGGACCUAGAUAAAUAAAUAUUAAUUAUUAUUAUCAUACACAAUAUUGUUGGUAAACUACCCUCUAUUACUUUGGAAUAAUAACAUAUAUCCUGGCUCAUUAAACACAUGAAUCCAUAUAAUACUUUAAAUGUUGCUUUAAUAUUAUAGAUAUUAGCAGAUAUUUGUGUUAAUCAAGAUAAAUGUAUUGAGAAUAUCAUAGAAAUACUAAACAAACUCAAAGAUGAAGCAAAAUGGAGAUUUGCCACUGAACCCAUAUUUAAAAUCAUGGAAGUUUAAUAAAACUUAUAUUUAAUAAGAGAUGCAUGCACAUUUAUAAAUGCGUUAGCAGAGACUCAUUCUGAUGACUAAAUUUGUGAAUUAAUUAAAUAAUAAAUAUAGCAAUAUGGUCUAACGGUUAUAUAUGAUGAUGUAAAAUUAAAACUCAAAAAUUAAGAAUAUCAAAUAGCUCAUUGUUCUUAUGAACAUUCCAUGUAAUUCUUGUAUGACUAAAAGUAAAUUCCUCAUUAUUCUCAAGUUGAUAACUAUUAUUUUAAUAAUCUUUAUGAUUUUGAUCCCAAAAAACCAUUAAUAUUUAAAUAUGGAUAUUUUGAUGAGAUUUUUAAUACAGACCCAGACUAUUUUGAAAUACAAAAAAAUUAACUUUAAGUUUAAUUGGAUGUUUAUGAUUAAUUCAUUUAACCAAUCUUUAAUCUAAAUAAAACAAUAUUAGAAAGAUAAAAUCCAUUGUUUAUAUCUACAAUAACAAAAAAAGGAAGUGAGGAAGGUAUAGUUAAUGCUCUGAAAGGAUUGUGGGAUAGUAAAGGAACUGAAACAACAAAUUAAUAAAUUAUAUUGAAUGCCAUUAAAAAAGCAAAUUCAUUACUUGAAAUAUAAGAAUUACUUAUUAAAUUAAAUGAAGAAUCUUCCGGAGUUACUGUUCUCUCUAGAUUGAUUGAUUUAUUGACAAGAAAGUUCGAUCAGAUUAUGGCAGAUCAAAAGAAAAGAGAUUAAAUGAGAAAAGACAGAGAUGAAGGAUAUAAAUAAUAAAUUGUAAUCUCUAUUUAUAUUUUAGGCUUAUUUACAAUUAGAAAUUAAACAGAGAAGUACACAAGAAAAUUAAAGAGAUUUAAAAAACCUUAAUGAAAAACUAAGUCUACUCAUUGAAGAAAAUUAAAAAUUAUAAGAUCAAAGCUAAUAAUACUCAUAACUCAAAAAUAAAUUCUAAGAUAUGAAUGUUUAAUUGUUAGAAGCUUAGAAAGUUAUGGCUAAAGCAUAAUAAGUUGCAGAAUUAGAAUCAAAAUUAGAAGAGUAUGCAAGUGAAAUAAAUCGAUUAAAAACAACUCAUAUUCAACCUUAAUUAUGUAAAAUAUAAGCAUCAGAUGGAGGUUCUGAACCUCCACCAAAUCCUUCUGAAAAUAUUACAACAGUUUAAAAAAACUCUUAAUAGGUUGCUCCACCACCACCUCCUCAAACUCCAUAGGCUAUAUCUACUAACAAUAAUUCAAUGCUUCCACCUCCUCCACCACCACCACCUCCUCCUCCUCCAGGUGGUAAGAUUGGAGCUCCACCUCCACCACCACCACCACCACCUCCUGGAACUAAAGCCGGAGGUCCUCCUCCACCACCUCCUCCACCUGGUGGAAAAGCUCCUCCUUUACCAAAUACAAAAUCUGCAGUACCAACAAAACCUAAGUGUAAACCAACAGUUCCAAUGAAAGGAUUAAGUUGGAAUAUUUUAAAACCAGAUUAAAUUGGAAAUUCAGUAUUUUAAGGAAUGAAUGAAAAUGAAAUUAAAUUUGAUGUUAAGUCUUUAGAAGAGAAAUUUGCUUCUAAACCAGCUAAAUAAAUGCAAUAAAGCAUUGGUGUAAGUGAUAAAAAAAAAGAAGUAUAGAAAAUAAGUUUAUUGAGUGGGGAAAGAACAAAAAAUAUUGAACUUAUAUUAGGUAAAUUAAGAAUGAGUAAUGAAAAAAUAAAGAAUGCUUUAUUGGAAUGUGAUAAAUCUGUCUUAAAUUUAAAUGUGAUAGAAUCUUUAUUAAAUGUUGUUCCAAGUGAUUAAGAAAAAUCAUUGUAUGCAAAUCCAGAAGAAUUAGAUAAAGAGACUUUAUAGUUAUCAGAUCUAUUUUACUUAGAAUUAUGUUAGGUUCCUGCUCAUGGAGAUAGAAUGUAGGCUAUUAAGGCUGAGUUUUAAGGAAUGGAUAUGUGUAAUGAAUGUAGAGGGAAAUUAAAACAAUUAAAAAAGGGAUUUGAAUUAUAAAAAAAUGAUGAGCCAUUUAAAUUAUUGAUAAAAUGCACAUUAGCUAUAGGUAAUUAUGUAAAUGGUGAUUCUGCAAGAGGAGGAGCUUUUGGUUUUAAAAUAGAUGCUAUAACAAAAGCAGCAGAUAUAAAGAGUGCAGAUGGAAAAGAGACAUUAUUAAUGAGUAUUGUAUAAGAAUGUGAAUAAAUUUAUGAAAAAUAAGGAAAGGGAUUAUUUUUUUCAAAUGAUCGGAUGGAUCUUUUAGACUUUAUGUGUAGAUUACCUGUUUCAUAGAUGAUUAUUGAUAUAAAUGAAAUAAAGAAGGUGUAAAAGUUUGUUUAGAUUGCUAUAAAGAGUUAAUCUAAGCAUCCUAAUGAUAAAGUAAGUAAAUUUGAAGAAUUAUCAUAAUAACUUUUAUUAGAAAUAACAGAUUUAUCUUAACUACUAUCUACAUGUGAAUAAUUAUACUCUGAUUUAUGUAUAUUUUAUUGUGAGAAUCCAAAAACAUUGUAAAGUGAUGUAUUUUUCUAAUCUAUUUAAUCAGUUUGGAAUAAUUGUAUAAAAGUAUAUAAUUUAAUAUUUUAAGUCAAAACAAUAAAUAGAAAAGUUAUAAUAAAUGAAAAUCAAAGAAGAAUAAAGGAAUAAAUUAGACUAACAGAAGAAACAACAAUAACCAAUGACAAAUUAGACUAAUAUGAAUGAAUCAUUGCCUAAAAGAGUAGGUGCAUUACAAUAGUUAUAAUAAUCAUUAACAAUUGAUGCAGUUAAUUAAUUAAGAAUGAUGAAAUAAAGUAAGAAUGAAAAUAAUUGAUUAUGUGUAUUUAUAUAAUGNAACUUAUAUUAGGUAAAUUAAGAAUGAGUAAUGAAAAAAUAAAGAAUGCUUUAUUGGAAUGUGAUAAAUCUGUCUUAAAUUUAAAUGUGAUAGAAUCUUUAUUAAAUGUUGUUCCAAGUGAUUAAGAAAAAUCAUUGUAUGCAAAUCCAGAAGAAUUAGAUAAAGAGACUUUAUAGUUAUCAGAUCUAUUUUACUUAGAAUUAUGUUAGGUUCCUGCUCAUGGAGAUAGAAUGUAGGCUAUUAAGGCUGAGUUUUAAGGAAUGGAUAUGUGUAAUGAAUGUAGAGGGAAAUUAAAACAAUUAAAAAAGGGAUUUGAAUUAUAAAAAAAUGAUGAGCCAUUUAAAUUAUUGAUAAAAUGCACAUUAGCUAUAGGUAAUUAUGUAAAUGGUGAUUCUGCAAGAGGAGGAGCUUUUGGUUUUAAAAUAGAUGCUAUAACAAAAGCAGCAGAUAUAAAGAGUGCAGAUGGAAAAGAGACAUUAUUAAUGAGUAUUGUAUAAGAAUGUGAAUAAAUUUAUGAAAAAUAAGGAAAGGGAUUAUUUUUUUCAAAUGAUCGGAUGGAUCUUUUAGACUUUAUGUGUAGAUUACCUGUUUCAUAGAUGAUUAUUGAUAUAAAUGAAAUAAAGAAGGUGUAAAAGUUUGUUUAGAUUGCUAUAAAGAGUUAAUCUAAGCAUCCUAAUGAUAAAGUAAGUAAAUUUGAAGAAUUAUCAUAAUAACUUUUAUUAGAAAUAACAGAUUUAUCUUAACUACUAUCUACAUGUGAAUAAUUAUACUCUGAUUUAUGUAUAUUUUAUUGUGAGAAUCCAAAAACAUUGUAAAGUGAUGUAUUUUUCUAAUCUAUUUAAUCAGUUUGGAAUAAUUGUAUAAAAGUAUAUAAUUUAAUAUUUUAAGUCAAAACAAUAAAUAGAAAAGUUAUAAUAAAUGAAAAUCAAAGAAGAAUAAAGGAAUAAAUUAGACUAACAGAAGAAACAACAAUAACCAAUGACAAAUUAGACUAAUAUGAAUGAAUCAUUGCCUAAAAGAGUAGGUGCAUUACAAUAGUUAUAAUAAUCAUUAACAAUUGAUGCAGUUAAUUAAUUAAGAAUGAUGAAAUAAAGUAAGAAUGAAAAUAAUUGA